CUUGGCUUUCCGUAGUUCACAGGCGCGGCCAUAUUUUAUUCUAAAUAACGGAAAUUGGGUUCGAGUCUGUUGUUCCGGCGUUUUAUGAGAAUUUGCUACGAUGUCUGGAACAUCCAACAUUAACGCGAUGAAGAAAGUCGUGCAGCAGCUACGAUUCGAAGCGAAUAUCAACAGGGUGAAGGUGUCUCAGGCGGCGGCUGAGCUUCAGCAGUUCUGCAUGCAGAAUGCUCUGCACGAUCCGCUGCUCACCGGCGUGUCCUCCAGCACCAACCCGUUCAGGACGCAAAAGCUCUGCUCUUUCGUCUGAUGCUUCCUGCCACUGGUCUUGUUUCCUGUUUUUGUGACGUUUCUGAUUUGGAAAAAGGCCGACGUCUGUCGUGAACCUUUUUUUUUUUAAACAGCCAACUAUGAUGCAUUCAUGUCCUUAUAUGAAACCAGGACUUUGUUCAUUUUGACUCGAAUCACAUCAAAUGCCUUGCAUUGGAUUCCUCACUUCAAGAGCCUGGAAUCAACAUUAGCCUUUGAAACAUGUAAAAUUUAUUUUUUUUUUAACUUGACAACUUUUUUUUUUUUUCCUGUGUGGGUCAUAAAUCGCAAGCCUUAAAUAAAUGGUGAGCAAAGCUCAUGUCUCGGAAGCGCUUUUGUCGACAGACUGACAAAAGACUUCUUUUUUUCUAUUUCAUGUGUCAAAGCAGCAGAAGCUCUAAUUUAUUGUGCCUUUGUUUUUUAAACCGUGUGCUCAUUUUCUAUGCCUUGCCUUAGGCCUUUUUGUACCGAAUAAACCAUUUGAUUUGUACACAAUACUA